CUAAAUAUUACUAUAUGGUAGAAGGCAUUAUUGAAGCUCAUUGUUUACUGUUCCAACGUUUAAAGGCUCCGUUGGAAAUUUGGAAAGGUAACCCGUAACCCAACUAAACGAAUCGAUGGCGAGGCGUGCUGUGAGGGGUGGAAGAAGGGACAAGUCGGCCUCGCUCUUGACUCGGGCGGUGGACAAAGUAUUUGCAUUCGUCCGUUUCGCCGAGUUCGAGAUCCUUUUCGUCCUCUUCUUCGUCAUCAGCUAUAUAAUAUUCAAGGAUCUGACUUCAAGACCAGAGUAUAAUCAGAUCCUUGUAAAGAAACCUGGUGGACCUGAUUGGUGGCCAUACUAGAACCCAAAGGUGGUUUGGUUGAACACUCUCCUUCUAUGCAGUUAUACUAGCAGUAUGGAUUCUGCAAAUCGUGUAGGAUUUGUUACAUGUAAAUAAUGAGACCAUUUCUAGAUAUGAGGAAAAUAGUUUCUAUAUUCAUUUGAGUAUUCCUUUGAUUGUGUCUUGUAAUGUUGUGAUAUGCAAAACAUUGCUAAAGAAGCAAAUAUUGGCCGAAUACUUGUGUGCAAUCUAAAGGUGUGUUUGGUUCA